AGACGGCAAAAAAUCACAUCAGUUGCGCGUGCGCCUCGAAACGGGCGACAGGCUCGCUUGUAGUUAUAGUUAGGCCUGAACAUGACGUAAAACAAGAGCAAAAUUUAAUCAAAAACUGUCAUUUUAAGUGCCUGCUUCAUAAGCAGAGCAACAAUGGAGUGCUAUACGUCUGAUAGCUGCGAUAGCGACUGUAGAGAGCAAAAAACUCUCGACCUCUCAAAUCGUUCAUUGGACUGUGAGACCAUAUCGUCUGAAUUGAAGAGCUUAUUAGAUGAAAAGGAUUGUGCGGAUAAAAAUUACGAAAUAUUACUUCUCUAUAGUAAUCGUAUCAAGUCUUUACCAGGAGCUAUUAACAGAUUCAGCAACCUCAAGAUUUUGGAUGUAAGCAACAACAGACUGACCUCACUCCCUGAUAUAUUGAAAAACUGUCCACUUACAUCGCUAAUAGCUAAACACAAUGAGUUAACCAAUGAGUCUUUGCCAAAGUCCUUCUAUUCAACAAAAAAUACUUUAAGAGAGCUCAAUCUCAGUGGAAAUAAGCUGAAUUUCUUUCCAGAACAAGUAUUACAAUUAGCGUCACUUAAAUAUCUUUACUUGGGUGGCAAUAACAUUAUCAAUAUACCAAAGGAUAUAUGGAAAUUAAACAGCUUGCAAAUAUUGUCAGUAGGCGCUAACCAAAUAACCGAGGUGCCUGAAUCAGUUGGAGCUUUGACAUCACUUCAAGCUCUGGUGCUAAGUAAUAAUCAAAUAGAACAACUACCAGCUAGCAUUGCAAAUCUCAAACAUCUAAGAUCGCUGUUGAUACAUAAGAAUAAACUUAAGACGUUGCCAACACAGAUAAUAAAAUUGAAUGGUUUGACUGAGUUAAGUCUUCGUGACAACCCUCUCGUUGUAAGGUUUGUGAGGGACAUGUCAUUGCAGCCAGCUUCACUGCUUGAAUUGGCUGCUCGUACCAUCAAACUUCACAAUAUUCCAAUAGAACCUGGUGAUAUUCCUAUUACAUUGAUCAAAUAUUUAAAAUCAGCACAAUGUUGUGUCAACCCAAAAUGCAAAGGUGUGUUUUUCGACAAUCGUGUGGAACACAUCAAGUUCGUCGACUUUUGUGGUAGAUACCGUAUUCCCCUUCUACAAUAUCUAUGCAGCUCUAAAUGUAUCACAGGCAGCUGGGAAAGUCGUGAAGUAGAUAGCAAUGCACCAUCUCAUUUGAUGAGAAAAGUUCUCUUGGGCUAAAAUAAUCUUUAUACAAAAAUAAAUAUUGCAUAUCAAAUUUA